CUCUACACGCACACAGAGAGAGAGAGCUAGGGUUAAACUGAAGACACAACGUCAAAGAGACACGUUAGACAAGUGGACAAGAGAGACAAACUGUCCCGGGGAAUCCAGAGGAAGCGUCCAGCGAUGCAGUUGACCAUGUGUGAGCCCGCCACCGACGCCGUGGCGAUGGAGCCCCCCCGAGCGGACGGCUUCCUGGAGUCGCCCUGUGGCGUAGGAGACAGUGCGCCCUCCCUAGAUGACGUCAUCGCAGAUACAACCAAUGAGUCUUCAGAGGAAGAGUCCACAGGGGACAGGGACGAGGAGGUUGGUGCCAGCAGCACUAAGACGACAGAGGUCCCAGCUGAACAGGCCACAAACACACAAACAGUGAGCGCCCAGCGCCCGACCUCCCUGUCGGUGGCGGCAGCGGAAGCAGAGCUCGGCCUGUGGACCGCCCAGGGGGACGCAGAGGUCAAGCUGAGGAUGGGCGACUCGGGCCUGGCUGCCGAGACCCCGCUGACCGUGGACCAGAUGUUCACCUCGGCUGUGGAGCGUUUCGGUGACAGCACGGCUCUGAGCUGGAAGGAGGGCGGGCAGAAGAAGAGCCUGAACUACAAAGAGUACUACCAGUCCUGCCGCACCGCUGCCAAGAGCUUCCUCAAGCUUGGUUUGGAGCGUUACCAUGGCGUUGGCAUCCUGGGCUUUAACUCGGCCGAGUGGUUCAUUGCUGACAUUGGAGCCAUUUUGGCAGGUGGGUUUGCUGUGGGAGUCUACACCACCAACACCCCCGAAGCGUGUCAGUACGUAGCAGAAAACUGCAAAGCCAAUGUGAUCGUGGUGGAGAACCACAAACAGCUGCAGAAGAUCCUCCAGAUUGAAGACCAGCUACCUCACUUGAAAGCCAUUGUCCAGUACAAAGACGCACUUGAAGAGAAGAGACCAAAUCUGUACACAUGGGAGGAGUUCAUGGCGCUGGGACGCGAUGAGCCCGACACUCCACUCGACGCCAUCAUCUCCAGCCAGAAGCCCAACCAAUGCUGCACGCUCAUCUACACCUCAGGAACCACAGGCACCCCCAAAGGAGUCAUGCUGAGCCACGACAAUCUGACAUGGACCGCGCUCUCCACCAGCCGUCACGUGCGCCUGGUGGACGCCGUGUACGCCCAGGAGCAGGUGGUCAGCUACCUGCCGCUCAGCCACAUCGCGGCUCAGAUGGUGGACAUCUGGGUCACCAUGAGGGUGGGGGGGCAGACGCACUUCGCUCAGCCAGACGCCCUCAAGGGCUCUCUGGUAGAGACCUUAAAGGAGGUGCGUCCCACAGCCUUCAUGGGCGUCCCUCGUGUCUGGGAAAAGAUGCAGGAGAAGAUGAAAUCUGUCGGAGCAAAGUCGUCGACCGUGCGCAGGAAAGUGGCGGCGUGGGCCAAAGACGUCGGUCUGCAGACGAACAUGACCAAGAUGAGCCAAACCGGAGCAGUCGGCCGCACCACCGUCAGCUACCAAAUCGCCAAAAAGCUUGUGUUCAAAAAGGUGCGCAAGGCCCUGGGCUUGGACCGCUGCAAGAAGUGUUACACGGGCGCCGCCCCCAUCACCAAAGACACGCUGGAGUUCUUCCUCAGUCUGGACAUCCCUCUGUACGAGCUGUACGGCAUGAGCGAGAGCUCCGGGCCUCACACCAUCUCCGGCUCCAAUGCCUUCAGGCUCACCAGCUGUGGCAAAGAGAUCCCAGGGUGCAAGACGAAGCUGCACAAAAUCGACGAGGAGGGAAAUACCGAGAUCUGCUUCUGGGGUCGCCACGUCUUCAUGGGCUACCUCAACAAGCCCGAGGCCACGGAGGAGGCUCUGGACUCAGACGGCUGGCUGCACUCAGGCGACCUGGGCAGAACCGACCAGAACGGAUUCCUCUUCAUCACCGGAAGAAUCAAAGAGCUGAUCAUCACAGCAGGAGGCGAGAACAUCCCCCCCGUUCCCAUUGAGGAUGCGGUGAAAAGGGCCGUACCGCUGAUCAGCAACGCCAUGCUGAUCGGAGACAAGAAGAAGUUUCUGUCCAUGCUGAUCACCAUUAAGUGCCAGAUGAACGCUGACACAGGAGAUCCAGAGGACGAGAUGUCCUCCGAGGCCCUGGAAAUCUGCGGGAGCUUGGGCAGCAACGCCAAGCUAGUCUCCGAGGUCGCCGGCGGCCGAGACCGGGCGAUCCACACGGCCAUCCAGGAGGGAAUCAACCGGGUCAACGAGAAGGCCCCGUCCAACGCUCAGCGCGUCCAGAAGUGGAUCAUCCUGGAUCGGGACUUCUCCGUCCCUGGGGGAGAGCUGGGUCCGACCAUGAAGCUGAAGCGCCCGGCGGUGGUGAAGAUGUACAAGGAGCAGAUCGAGAACUUUUACAAGGAGCAGGCGUCAGCGACGACUCCCGACAACGCUGUGACUCCCAACUAGACCCCCCUCCCCCCCCCCAGGGAGCCGUGCUGACACACUCCACCUCAUCCACACAACUUCUCCCUGUCGCCAUCUUUGUUUGUUAAGUUUUGCUCUUGUGUUCAUGUUUCGAUUGCCUUAAGUUCUGCUCGGUUUACAUGUGUGGGUGCUGUACAAAGAGAAAUGAGAAGAAGCCAUUUUUAAAAGAGCUUUAUAAUUGUUUUUUGUUAUUUGAAGGUUCAAUAAGCUGAAUUCAACUAUUUAUUUGAUUUGCUGACGCGAUCAGCAGCGACAUCCGAUAGAUGAAGAGGCAGCAGCUGUUUGUAGGAAGAGUUAACGGUGCUCCGAGACUUGACGAGGAAAAAAAAACAACAACUGUGUUUUUCGAGGAAGUCAUUUGUGUUUCUUACGUGUUUUAUUUAUUUUUUCAGUUUGCCAAAGUUUACACGGGCCAAAAAAAAAAUGAAGGAACAUUUCUAGAAAGUAAUUCAUGUUCAAAUUCAACAAUCAAAUCAAAAAUGUUUACAGCCUGUUGCAUGUGCUCACUGAGGGUUUCCUCUUUUCUUUGUCCGUCUGGAUUCUUCCAGGAAAUCAGCAUUUAUUUUAUACGUGAGUUCAAAGAGGUUUCCUGCAGUCGUAGACAUGAUUUGAAAUCUGACAACUCAGCAUCCACGUUGUGUUUUUCAUGCUGUCACAUGUCAUCUAAGCCAUAUAUAACUUUCUUAUCUCAGUUGUGGAGUCGAAGCGACUCGUUACAGCUUUCACGCCGCCUGGUCCAGUCGAAGUCUGUUUGUGUGUCGACCUUCUUUCUGGAUUUUGUUCGAUUGUAAAUACCCCGCGGCCUUCAUCGCCCGCAUUCUCUCGCCUGUCGUUAUUUAUUUCAUUUUCCUACUCGGUUUCUUUUCCUCCGGUUUUUGCACUUGCCCUCCGAUAAAGUGCGAGAGAAGUCGAAGAUGUACAGAAAUUUAGCUGAUUUUAGGUGUAUUGGAAAAAGAUGAAUAAAUAUAGUGCAUCAGUUACAUUAAACUGCCCUCAUUGGUCUGUUCUAAUACUCAAUGCAGAAAAAUAUAUAAAUGUUCAAACGCUCCAGGUUUUAACACCCUGAACACGUCUCUGAUUCAUGUCUAUGAAGUAACUAGUAUAUUACAGGUAUUUGUAGCAGUCUCACGGUUCAUAAUGAAGGCGAGUGUGGAGGUAAUGUUUUGUUCAACGCAAUUAAAAGUUCAGGGUAAAUGUCGAGAAACGUGGGCGUGUGUGUUAACUUCUACACGAGGGAAUGACGGUGAUUCAGUUCCUCUGGGUGAGUGAGUUUCUUACUGUCUUUCAGCUUAUUGAACAUUUUCAGUGUCUAAUUAAGGUUUGUUAUCAUUAAAAAAGAACCAAAGGUCUGAUAAUUACAAGUCGUUCAGUGAGAAACCACAAGAGACCCGACAGAGAACUGGAUUCACCUGAACCUAAAGAGACGUCUGUGUUAGAAUUAUCAGGUGAACGAUGAAGACGAGUGCGACACGGAGCCGUUUGUGUUCACGCUCGACAAAAAUGUGAAUGUUUGUGUGAUCACUUAUGAAAUAAACUUUGAUUACGCUGA